ACAAAAAGGAGGGGGCAAAUCACAAAUGCAUUUAUAUUUUAGGAAACAUGUUUCGAACUUCCCGGCUUUGGAAUAAAAAAAACUAGAUUUAGGUAACAAAAAAUCUUUACAUUAGGCAAACUGUAUCAGAACGAGAAUUGACCAUAUGCGUAAUGUGGAAUAUAUAUGUAGAUUGAAUAAAUAAUACGGAAUACACACAUUACAUACGGAGUAUAUAUUUGCUGAUUCAAGCCAUUUUUGAGCCAGAGCUCUGAGAAGCAGAGACGAAGGUUAGUCGUCGAUCACUUUGCAUUGCAUGAUUGCAUCGAUGGAUUAUCAUUCACAUACUAAUUUACGUUUCAUACGUAUCUAAUCACUUGCUUUCAGCCAUUAACGCCAGUCAAGUUCUCUUAUUUCGAAUUUCGUUUAGUUGUGUUAGAUUAUAUGUAUUUGAUUAAUUGAUUAUGCACCUCUCUGUAUUGCUUUGUAUUAAUCUUUGUUUUCUUUGGAUGAUUGUACUCUUCCUUUGCCGAAGUGUGAAAUACAACAAUAAAUGAAUAAGUGAUACGAACAUGUGUAAACGAGUAAGAAGCUUUUUGCAUUCCCGUUGGAAAAAACCCUAGCAAAAAAGAAAUUUAACUUCUUCCCUCCCAAUUUAAUGGUCUCAAUUCCACUUUUUGAAAUAGGCCCGCAUUUUAAAAGUACAUUAUUCAACUUUAUCUAAUAUAUAUAUUCCAUUCCCUCAUCUUUCACUAAAAUCACUCUCAUUUAUCUCCCCACCAUAAAAGGUUUCGACUUUAUGCAAAAUCACAACAUUAAAUCGGAACUGGGGAGUAUUUUCCUAUUCAAGCAAUGAGUUGUUUUUUUUCCUGUUUCUCAAUACUCCUAAAUCUCACUUUUGUGGUUUGUACUUAUGUACUUCGAUUUUUCCUGUUUCUCAGUACUCUUAAAUCCACUUUUUGUGAUAUGUACUUGUACUCCGUAUCUUAUUGCCAGUAGGAGUAAUAAAGGAAAAAUCUUUUCAGCGUUGAAGCUUCGCAAGUUAGAAUUUUUAAACACGUUCUGUGUAAAAGGGUUAGUAGGCGGGGCUUUAUUUACAAGUUACAACUCUCCAUGGGCCUAAAGAAAUCCCCAGAUUAUAUUUAGCGGAAUUUAGUUUUAGAUGAUGCCAAUUUGCACACGUGGUCUUUAUUCUUAUUUUUGUAAAGAAAGCCUGUUUUAGUUUGGUAUAUGAAAGCUACAGUCUGCAAUAUUCUGUUGCUUCCACACGUAGUGCUUUAAAAAAGAAGGUUUGGUCAAUUGGUCCAGGUGUCCCAUCUUUUUCCCUUUUCUUGUUAUAUAUCUAUAUAUUAUAUAUCUAUAUAUAUAUACAUUCACAAUCUCACACACACAUACGCACAUGUGAAUUGUAUUUUUCAUGUUGUAUUAGUAAACAAAGUUAGAUUGCUUGAGUUGGUAAAUGAUCAUUUACUUAUAAUUUUAAAGCUAUUGUACUACUGGGGGUAUGGCAUGGGCAGAGUGGCCAAUUGAUCUUUUAGCAUCCUAUUUUGAAAUUUGGAAGAUUAAUUUAUAUCAGGAGAAACUUCCGUUGCUGAACUUUAAAAUCAGUUUUGGUGUUAUUGUUUUUGCAGACACGUCUGGAUCCUUAUCUCUCUAAGUGCUGCCUGCUAUUGUCAUCUAGUUGUAGAAAAUUCUUUAUUGUAGACUGGAGCUGGAAAAGAAAAGGAUAAUAUAUGGAGGUAGACGCAGGAAGAGGUAUGGGAUGCCAGAAGAUUAUGGAUGGGAAGGAGGAGAGUAACAGCAUUGGUUUAGACAUGGCUACUCUCCCUUCUUGUUGCUUGAAAGCUAGGGCUUGUGAUGCAGAGCCUGAAGCCACAGCCCAUUCAACAGUUUGUUCUGGAUGGUUCUCUGAACGGCACUCACCCACUGGUGAAGAUGGAAAGGUAUUGUAUUAUAACAAUCCGAUGUGGCCAGGGGAAGUACAUUCUAUCAAAGUUGAGAAGAUUUUAUUCAAGGAAAGAUCAGUAUACCAGGAGGUUCUUGUGUUUGAGUCUUCUUUAUACGGGAAAGUCCUUGUGCUGGAUGGCAUUGUUCAGCUGACUGACAAAGAUGAAUGUGCAUAUCAGGAAAUGAUAGCUCAUCUCCCCCUCUGUUCGAUUAAAUCCCCCAAAAAUGUUCUUGUUGUUGGCGGUGGUGAUGGGGGAGUACUUAGAGAAAUUUCUCGUCAUUGCUCUGUGGAACAUAUUGACAUUUGUGAGAUAGAUAAAAUGGUUAUAGAUGUUAGCAAAAAAUUCUUUCCAGAGUUAGCUAUUGGCUUUGAGGACCCCAGAGUCAAACUACAUGUUGGUGAUGCUGUGGAAUUUUUAAGGCAAACCCCUGAAGGCAAGUAUGAUGCAAUUAUAGUUGAUUCAUCGGACCCUGUUGGUCCUGCCCAGGAACUGGUAGAAAAACCAUUCUUUGAGACAUUAGCCCGAGCAUUAAGACCAGGCGGUGUGCUUUGCAAUAUGGCUGAGAGUAUGUGGCUUCACACACAUUUGAUUCAGGAUAUGCUUUCUAUUUGCCUUCAAACAUUCAAGGGUUCUGUUCACUAUGCAUGGACUAGCGUCCCUACAUAUCCAAGUGGUGUUAUUGGGUUUGUGUUAUGCUCCACCGAAGGGCCGCCUGUUGACUUUUUGAAUCCGAUCAAUCCCAUUGAAAAGCUUGAGGGAGCGCUCCAAUAUCGUCGGGAACUAAGGUUUUACAACUCUGAGGUUCACAAAGCUGCAUUUGCGUUGC